GUCCAGGAAGCUACAAAGUAACCAAUGCGGCACUGCAGAGGCUAAGAAGGCGCAUGGAAAAUCUAAAGAAGCAUAGUUCAACUUGUGAGGCCAGAUUUGAAAAGGAAAAGAUAAAUCCCGAAGCGCAGAUGUCAGACACCGAGGCUGCCAGUACCUCUGAGGCUGCCAGUACCUCUGAGGCUGCCAGUACCUCUGAGGCUGCCAGUACCUCUGAGGCUGCCAGUACCUCUGAGGCUGCCAGUACUUCUGGGUCGAUAGUCAAUGUGUUGGAUGAUGCACCACCGUUGAUCAGAACAGACAGUAUAUACUUGACCAAAGCUAUGCUUGGAUACAAGACUGAUGACUCAAUAACCAGCUUUGACAACAGUGAAGAUGGUUAUGUCCCAGGAUCAUCAGAGGAAGGCAAUUUUUAUGAAGAAAAUCUGACAGGAGAGAUGUCAGUGAUUCGGGUCAAAAAGCCAAUGACCAAGGGAAAGCUGGGGCAAAGGAGAGACUCACACGGAGAGAUGUCAGCGAUUCGGGCCAAAAAGCCAAUGACCAAGGAAAAGCUGGAACAAAAGAGACGUUCACACGCGGCCACUGAUAGUUCAUCAGAGAAUGACUCUGAGAGAGAGGAGUCGUCUGAAGAAUCCUAUGAAGAAAAUCUGACCGGUAUGCCUACACCUUACAUAGACAUGGACAGAGCACAUCUGUUGGACAACACAGAGAAGCUGGAAAGGUCAUCUCGGAGGCUGGACGCAGGCUACCAGAUAGCAGUGGAAACCGAACAAGUGGGCCAAGAGAUCCUGGCUAACCUACACACCGACCGCGAGAAGAUCCAGAGAUCCAGAGAUCGGCUGAGAGAGACAGACGCCAACCUGGGCAAGAGCUCCCGCAUCCUAACCGGCAUGCUGAGAAGAAUCAUCCAGAACAGAGUCCUGGUCUUCGUCCUCGGCGCCAUCAUCCUCAUCACCAUCAUCCUGGCUAUCUAUUUCAAUGUGCGAGGGCACUGAUCUCCCUAAUUCUCUCUCUCUCACACACACACACACACACACACACACACACACACACACACACACACACACACACACACACACACACACACCAGGCGUGAUUAAUAGCGACAAAAGCAUUGCUCUGGAGUAAUUAGGACAAAUGGUUCCAAUGAAUCACUUUCCAGGCCAUGACAGGGGUCUCUCUCUCUCUCUCUCUCUCUCGCUGUCUUGCCCCCACAGUUUUUGUUCUAUUGUUUUUGAUAUUAUUCAUGGUGUUGUCACUGGACUGUGUUUGAUUGGGAGAUCCAUCUUUUCCCUGGGUAGAGAGAGCCUAUGGGGAAUUCAAAGAGUUUAGAUGUAAAUCCUGCUAGUGUUGUUUAUUCACUACUUCCAUGCUCUAACUUAAGGUGUCCGCAGUCCCUUUUCUGUGUGUGUGUGUGUGAGUGCUUGCCUAUCUGUACGCAGGGCUUUUCUCUCCCUCUUUGUCAGACCAGCUUUCAAUCCAUCUAGUGUAUUAGGCGCUAGACUCAACUCUGAUUAACAUGGGGGCUUACUACAUGCGUCCACAGUCACACACAGCCUCCAGGUACAAAGGACAGUACCUUCAAAUAAGAGGUGGUAGUCCACCACCUCUUUCCACACGGUUGGGCCCAAAUAUGAGAGAUACAUUCGUAAAUGGAAGACUUAUUCGACUUAUAGAAAACGCAUGAAAAGGUUUGCUUCUGUUUUGACUCGAGGAAGGAGACCCAGUUUGAUUUGUCCGUCCUCUUCACAAUAUUCACUCGUAUCAUUGAUAUCUGACUGUGAGGGAUCUCAACAUUGUCCAGACUCCAUGAUAUUUUGUUCAUACACACAUGACAUUAAUAUAGAAUUGAUUAUAGUAGUCCACAUACUGCACUAACUGGCAAAUCUACAUAAAUGUAAGCAGAGAAAAAAAGGCUUUUAGGUUUUUCAUAUUACCAGUUAUUCUGUUACUAUUUAUUUAUAUACAUUGUUUGAGAAUUGAUGAUUUAUUUUUGUUGAUUAUCAUUAAAUGUACAUUUUAUGGAGUCUAUUGUAAACGUAACCUGACGCAGACCAAUCGUCUUUGGCCAGCGAAUCACAUGACAUGUAUAGUUCGUAUUUCUCCAGGACCAGUUCAAUCAUGGAUUGCUUUGAUUGUGUGUGAAUUCAGACUUAAGUCAUUUUUAAUAUAAAUGAAAUUUCUCUUGUCCUAUCUAAAUAUUUUUGUUUUAUUUCUUCUGUUUUGUCCAGAGUUGUAAUAAUGAUACAUUUUUAUGUAGAGCCUUUAACCCAAACAGCCUCAAGCUGAUAUGUUGUUGCAUGUUUUUACAAACUCCCAAUACUACGUGUGUUUCAGUCCAGUUUGGAAGGGGAAUGCCAUUCUACUGUAGGUGGACAGAGUAAGUUUGUUGUGUUUUAAGUGCAAAAUCCGAGAGGUGCUGCAAAGGGACUGUUUGUGUGUCCUGUCACACAAACAUACUCUCAUUAAAACAUACACAGGUACUCCCCCAUGUCCUCCACCGAAAGACAGACAGACAGACAGACAGACAGACAGACAGAGACAGACAGACAGACAGACAGACAGACAGACAGACAGACAGACAGACAGACAGACAGACAGACAGACAGACGGCCGGUGGUCUGCCUGGUUCAGGCCGGACGGCCGCCUGCCUCCAUGCGGCAGCACGAGAGAGAGGCCAUUUGCUAUUCCGUGGGGGGGGCUUUCUCCGCUACCGCCCCAGCCGCCCGGCGGCUUCAAAGGUUCAAAUUAAUGACCAACAAAAUAGUGUCUCCCCCUCCAUCCCAUGUGGGCCAACCCGUGGCCGAGUUAUCAUUAAGUUGAGGAAUAAUGAAAAAAGAGGAUAAGGAGAGGAAACGAGGAGGAGGGGGGAGAAACCCCUGCCAACCUCAUCAGAUAAUCACCUGCGUGAUUUGGUUUUUCCAUCAAAAGGAAAAACAGGGUGAGGUGUGUAUGAGAAUCUAUACCUGGAGGUUGGUGUAUGAGCCAAACAACUGAUUAUUGUGUCUGGAGUGCCUACGUGUGCUCGUCCUCUCUCCUCGGUCCCUCCCUCCUUUCUCUCUCCACCCCCACCCGUCCUCCCUCCUUCCCUCACCCCUCUCUUCCUCCCUCUCUCUCUCUCCCAGCCUGUCAGGAUGAGCUGAGUUGUAGCGCUGCCGCAGCCUCCCUUCCACCGUGCAGCGUGGCCGCGGCAGACAGCGUGGCCGCGGCAGACACGAGCACGGCUCUAUUUGAAGUUGUAAUGGUGUCAAAAAGUCAGGGCUGACUGACAGCUGUCAGUCCCACAGGGCCUCAUUAAAAACAGACCCACUUGACAAGGAAAUAAUUGAGCGUCGUCGACAACCCUGCCUGGGCUCCGUUUAGAUGUUUGUAUUUUCUUUCAUUAUUAUUUCUGGCUAUUAUGUUCAUUAGGAAAUGGCAUUAAACAACUUUAGAUAGAAGGGGGAGGGCUAAUGAUUUGUUUAGAGGGGGGGUAUUAUUUAACAGGAGGCCUGUCGUAUGAUUCCUUGGCUUGGCAGAUGCCUGGUAUCAUCUGCCAGCACUCUUUUUUUGUCUACUUUCUCUUGUUCUCCUUUUUGUCUGCCCAUCCUUCCUUUUUUUCUCAGCCCUCUUAUAUCUCUCCAUCCCUCCUUCCUUCCCUCUCUCUUUCUCUCUCCUUCUCUCCCUCCGAGCAGCGGGUGCCUUUAAAGUACGAAAUAGAUUAUUCAUUACCCCCUUUCUGUUCUUUGUGACUGAUUUGGUUUUCGAUGAGCGUCUUGCCACGGAGAGAAGGAUAAAAACUUGUCAAAAAUAGGUUCUAUCUUAUUCCAAGGGGCAACAAUAGCAGCAGGUACAGACACCUUUUAAUAUUUCAUUAAGCCCAGUGUUAACCCUCAAGUGGCAGAGGUGGGUGAGCUCCAUACAGAC